AUGGCGCAAUUGCAAGAACUGGAGUUUCCACACGCAUUUGCCAAGGCUCGUCGAAUGGCUCUACUGAAGGCCGGAGGUAUCCCGACAAUGUCAAAGCUUUUCGCAGUUACGGGCCAGAAUAACAGGCGCAAUGCGGGCAAGCGCGCUGUUGACACGGAAAUUCUCUUGCGGGAGUCGCAGUCCCAGCUUCGAGAUUCGGAUCGUUAUGCGUCAGCCGUGGCGAGAAUGAAUUAUCUCCAUGCCCGCUACCGCCGCGCCAAUAAAAUUACCGAUGAUGACCUCCUCCACACAUUAGGCGAUGGCCUUGCCGAGAUCCUUAAUGUGGUUGAGAGAGAAGAGUGGCGACAACUUACGGGCGUUGAGAAAUGUGCCCUUGGUGUUUUCCACAAGAACUUAGGCGAAGAUAUGGGAAUCCCAUUUGACGUGCUUCCUUCAUAUAGAGAAGGUUGGAAAGAUGGCCUGCACUUCGCGUUAGAACUGAGAGCUUGGACAAUCUCCUAUGAAAAGAAAGUCGCGCGACCAACGGCAACAAACAAUCAAUACGUCCGCGUCUAUGUUGAUUCUGCGCUCCCUAGCUGCAUAAAACCAGUGGUACGACAGAUGCUGGGGGCCGACUUGGAUGAAGUCAUGAGGACGAGCCUUGGUCUUGAAUCACCCGGCGUUCUUCUCUCCCUUGUGUUGAGCCUCAUCCGAAACUCACGAAAGGUAAUUCUUCGAUACCUGGCCCUUCCGCGCCCCUCCUUCCUUGCCGUCAAGCUCGUACACGAUACCCCAAACCCGGCCACGCAAUUGUAUAACUUCGAAAGAAUGGGCUUGCAACCAUGGUACAUCCGACCUACCAUCUGGUCGAAGUGGGGACCCGCGGCGUUGUUGGUUAGAGUAUUCGGAGGCAAGAUGCCGGGGUCGCGCGGAGACCGGUAUCAGCCACAAGGAUACAACUUGCUCACAAUCGGACCGGAACGACAGAAGGGAAAGGGUUUGGAAGAGAUGAACCUCGAUAUUGAGAUAUCUUUCCAUGAAUUUGCUGGCGCCUUUGAGAAGCCCGAUGCCCUCUGA